GAUGGGAACACGAAGCAUUGAGUUUCUCCCCCCGCAUGCACAGAUCUGAGCUGAUUUACACUGAAUAACAGCGCUCGCCUUUCUUUUCUUUCUCGGCUUCGAUCACUAUUAUGUCUCCAUCAUAGACUGAAGCACUCCCCCACUGUAGGUGAAGAUUACCUUCAGAUGAUUGGAAAUUAUUAUUUCUCGACACAAUCCGCUUUCAAUUUUCCUUUUCUGCUCAGCUUGUGAAAACAUGUUCUUUCCUAAUCUUCUUUUAUGCUCUUUUCUCGAAAAAACAACCAAGCACGAUAAGGACUGGGGCAAUGUCUUUGCCUCCCUCUGUGCUUGUGUUGUAUUUUACAGAUUCCCUUGUUUGGUUUCUUUGAAUAACUUUUAAUCAUUUCAAACCAUUAAGAGCGUUCUUGGCGGUCUUUAUGGACAAACAUUGCAACUAAAAGAUGACAAAUAAAGGGAAAUGUUGCCUCUGGAAAUCAUUCCUGGUAUAGCCGAGGAACAUGUGGUGUCAGUUUCCCUGAUUUGCAUUUCUCAGAAGCAUAUGAUCAGGUGGAGCUCCCACCAUGCCAUCUAAUCCAGAGGCAGUCUGGCUUUAAGACAUGUGAUACAGUCUUUACACUCAGCCAGGCUGUACGGGAACAUUUGUCUCUUAGUGCUCGCUGAGGGGGGGACUCGGUGAGAGAGAAAGAGCCGCUGCUCAGAGGCUGCCUCUCACUGGAAGGAUGCAGACGGUGAGAGAAGAGAUUCCACUACAGUUAAUUAAGGAGCACUCUGCACGUGCCUAUAAAUGCGAAGGGGCAAAUGAAUUCAGUGUCAGUGGGAGCAGCUCCUCGAGGGGAAGCAGUGAUAUUUCAAAGGUGGAACUGAAAGAGCUGUAAAUCUAUUUCCUGACUCCGACUUGACGGUCAUUUCUGAAUCACUGGACUGUUGCUAUCAAAGUGUGGAGCAGGCAGGCAGAGUCAGCGGAGUUCCCUCCUCGAGCCAAAUUCAAGACUUAUUGGAUGGGAUCAACAUGAGCAGCAUUAUGGAUGGAUUUAUGUCAUUCUGCUGAGAUAUUUAUACACUCUUUGUCUGGUUGCUCAGGUAAGAUUUUCUCCUCUCCACUCUGGGCAGAAAAUAAAUCACAGCAUUGUCGGGAGAUUUGGUGUUUUGCAUAAAAAUGGCAAAUCAGACAUUUACCGUGGAAAUCUGUUUGAAUGUCAAAUUUGAGCCCUCAAAUAAAAAGAUGUCUUUCUUUAAUCUGAUACCAAGAUGUUACUAAAAUUGAUUUUAUUUCUAAUUUCUGUUUGAUUGAAAAUGUUUCAUAGCCAUUAAGUUAUUAUCCUCUGUGCUUUAUUGCUACUUUAGAUGCUGAAAAGCACAAUGGACAUGUGCAUGGAAUAGAAAGUACUCUGUAAUUUGACUGUAUUAUUCAUUUACUUUAAACAUUAAUGCGACUGACUGAAAUAUACACGUGUAUCUUUUCUCAGCUUUGAUAAAAGUUCGCAUGCUCUUUGAAAAACAAGUGUUUUUGAUCACUUUAAAAGUGCUACAACAUUUUUUAAAGAGAAUAAUUCAACACAUUUUGAGCCUUUGUUGAGGGUAUCGUAUGAUGCAUUUGGAUGGUGACUAACCUGAUUCUUUCUGGCAGUUUUCUCCUGUGAAUAAAACUACUGUGAAAUGAUUUCAGGGCUGAAACAUUUUGCAUUUUCUCCCUCAUAGAUUUCCUCCUCUCUAUGACCAGGAGCAUUCCUCGCUGUCGUACCGUAUCUCCUUUUUUUUCAUUCCUUAUCUAAACAGCAUGGUGAAACAUUACAAGGCUUUUGAUUCCCAUUACUGCUGUGUCACUGUCACAUUACUCUGACAGAUACAGAAAAGCCUCAGCAGACAGCAGCUCACAAAAAUCUUAUCUUUCUUCAAGUUUAAGGCGUUUUUUUUUUUUUUUUGGUUCUGAGGCGGGAGCACGGCUCAGGAGUUGAAGGGAGUCAGCCUGUCAUGGGAGAUCUCUGCUGCAUGGGGGGAAAAACUCCCCAGGGAUUACUCCACAUUCUCAGCGUUGUGGCUCAGGGACAAGACAGGGCAAACCAGGAGGAGGAAACAGUGAAGAACUCAGACUUAUAUAAUCAUGCUAAUGAUAAAUUUGAUGACUAAACCUCCACUGAGGAGCGAUAAGGCCAAUUAUAGGCUUGAGUGCUUGUAAAAAACUUGAAAUCCCUCUUUUGGUGUUUAUUUUUUAUUUUGCUCAUGGCUGUGGAAGUUUACUCGACUGUGUUGGAGGCGCUGGGUGGGUUGAAGUCAAAGGUUGAGAACAUGCUGUUUUAUUAUUAUCUUUUUUAUUUUUUAUUUUACAUUGACUUUACCUCUGCCGGUCUGCAGCAGAUGUGUCCUGUCAUGUCCUGGCUGCUCUGCCUGUGCCUCUGGGUCAGUGUGACGGCCAUCCAGCUGUGUCAGGCCACUUUCUACGACACCAUCCAGCAGCAUCAUGGGACGCGGCCUGGACGGACCACCAUCCAUAUGAUCGGUGAGUCCUCAGGUGGACAGGAAAUGGUAUCAGCAAUGUGCUUUUAUUGUGGGGGUAAUGGGUUUGGCUGCUCAUGUGUUGAAUUAGACUGUCACAAGCCUGGGUUUAUGUUUCCUUUUAAGCUUUGUCAGGUCAUUAUUCGCUGAUAUAUAUAAAGCUGGAAAUAACAAGCAAUUAUUCAGGAAGCACAUUGAACUAUUACUUUGUUUCAUUAGAAUUUGGACUUGGUAUAAACAGGGACGGGUCCAGAUUUCUUAGACUGAAGGUGCCCCAACUGAGGUGGCCACUGACUUAUGCACAGGAGUCAUUUUCCUAUGUUUCUACGAUAUCUACUUCAACACAAACAUGAAGAUAUGAUACUGUUGCUUGAUUCCCAUCUAAUAUUAAAAUAAAUCAGUAUUAGGGUAAAAAUCUUUAAUGUUCAGAUCUUAAAAGCUCCUGUGAGGAAUUUUUAGUUUGUGUCAAUUUUGGCGCCCCCUGUGGACAAAAGGGUCUUAAGUGAUCUUGUCCUUUAAAUAUGCUGUGUUCAAUUACUUUUUUGGCCACUGUAGAUUCAGACAUUGAACAUUAACAUAAAGAAACUCUAACCCUAACCCUAGCCCUAACCAUAGCCGAACCCUAGCCCAAAGCCUAACCCUAACUCUCGUCUUACCCUUAACUUAGCCCUAACCUUAAUCCAAAGUUUAACCCUAACUCUAGCCUUACCCUUAACCUAGCCCUAACCCUAUCCCUAACCCUUUUGUUUGACAUAUAGUUGCCUCAGUAUUAUUUUCUGACUGUUUUAUAACUAGUCUAAAACUACCCACAGGAGCUUUAGGACAAAAAAUGUAUCUCCAAAAAGUUCUGGAAAAGGAAAUGUUCAUCACUGGAGUGCACAAAAGCUUCAAGAAGCGUGAUUGGUUGGUUUAAUCUUGAGUACCACCUCUCAUAAAUCAGAUAUCCAAUCGUAUUUAUGUGGUGACAGCUGGAGCGGUCAACCAGAUUUCAGGGGUUUCAGUGCUGAAACUGCAGUUCCUCAGGUGUCCACUGGAGGCUGGCUGCAAAAACACGAAGAACCACAUACACACCCAUUCAAAAAAUCCCAUCUUUUGAGCAAACAUAAACAUGUGUACAGUGUGGUUUGUAAACAGCAUUUCUUUAUCUGCACACUCUGUAUCAGGUGGAGAUUUUUAAUAAUGCAGGUUUUGCAGAACACGCCUAACUUGACUGACAGGCGAGUGCACCUUUUGCUCUUUGUAAGACGGCUCAUAAUUUCAACUCUUUACUUUGUUAUGUCAAUUAAAAACAUGACCACCAUCUUUAUAAGUCUUUAGAUAUUUUCUACAGAAGCUAAUGGGUGACGUCAUCCGAUGUAUUAUACAAUCUAUGGUCCAAUGUCAGCCCAACCCCCCAGCUUUUGAAACGCCACUGGACAAGAUGAAAAUUUAAGCAGUGAGAUCACAGAAAGAGGCGAUGAAUGCCUUUGCAUUUCCCUCUUUUUCUAUUCCAGUUGAUAUUCAUGGUACACUGCUCCUUCUCAAUUUGAUCUGAGUGAUUGUGGCCUCUGUAAAAUUGCAUUGAAUAGAAGACGACCGAAACAUUGCCGUCAAAACUUUUGAUUUCGUUAGGCGGAUGUGAGCUGUUGUUAUUGCAAAUGAUUAUGAUCCAAGGAUCCGACGGAGGACAGGAAGAGAAAAUGCUUGUCAGAACUUCAAAGGCAGAAGUAGCUGCAUAAACGUGCAGGUCCUUGGUGUCGGUUAUUUCCUGCAUAUCAGCAAGGGGUCUUUUUCAAUACGCUCAAUAUUGUGAGCCAGGAGACUUCCUGUUCCAGCACCUUCAUUUCAUUACUCCAGUCUGGCACAUGUGUAUCAGAGGAGGCAAAUAAGACACUAACAAAUAAGACAUCUACUAGAAAAAGUGGUCUCAUGUCAACAAAAGGGAAAUGGAAUUAAUAUUUCAAAUGUGCAGCCAAGAAACUCUUUGGAGAGAAUGAGUUCAAAGCGAACAAUUGGAGUCCUUCAGGAGCCUCUGUCACUAAAAGUGUAAAUGCCCUGUCAUUCCAUUUACCAUAGCAUGGCCAGCCCUCACCCUGGAUAAAUGAGAUGCCAGGUUUAUGAGAGGAGGAUGGGAUGCCUGUCUGGAUUGAUUCUGACACAGGGACAUUUGUUCUGUGCCGGGUGUUGUGUGCCUGUUGGAUUGGCGGGAGGAUUGGGGUUGACGGGUCACGAAUUGGUGGCGAGGAGGCCGUCGGUUGCGGACCAUUCGGGCAAUCAUUAAAGGCAGCGCAAAUGCCACAAGUUCACGGUGAGUGGUAUUACCAGAGGAAAUCGAGAUUACAGAGGGCGGCGGAUCAGUUGUGUCCUUGCCAAUAGAAAUUUAGAUCUAUAGGGAGGGAUUGUUGUUGAGAAAAAGGCAAGUCAAUCAUGUGUGGUGACUUCUGGAGCAGCUAAAUUAUGACCUGAUCUUCGUAUCCUUUCGACAAACACAAACUGGAGAUAAAUUUUGGGUUGUAAAUAAAAACACCUGUAGCGUGAAAAGGGCGUAUGUGACAGGAAGAUAACGGAUUUAUCAGCGGGAUCGUGUUUUUCACUCCAAAUAAUAAUUUCAUUUGACAGCUUAUAAGCUUCUCUUCCAUUCAGAGUUAUUGGCACAGAAAGUGUGUCCUAAAGUCCAUUAGUCGGAUGACCCUUGAAUAGCUGCUUGUGUGUGCUCAGUGAUUCGGACAAGGCGGCCUGUUUUCCAGCCUACAGCUCUACUUACAGAUUGCUGCCUGCCACUCUCUCAGAUAUGCUGUGGGCUGUUUUCUCCUCUCCUCUCCCCCCCCCCCCCCCCUCUGCCUUCCCUGGGUGCAGGCGGUGUUGCUCUCUCUGCGGCAUGAUUCAUAAGGUGCUGUAUUUAUUUGGUGCAAAGAGCGUGAACUGUGCACGAAAUAGAACAGAUUGUGUUUGUCGUGCAUCUGUAAUGUGGCAAGCGGAGAUGUUGCCUUUUUUUUUUGGGUCAUGCGUUUCUCGACCUCAGAGGGAACCGCGGGGAGGAUUUUUCAUUGUUUUAAACACAGCUCGCUGGAGAAGAAUGACCUCUGUUGUGGAUGGAUACCACUGGAAACGUUCAGAUCUGCUUUGCAUUACACUUUUUCUGCAGCUCUUAAACGAAAUUUAGUCAAAACAAGAAUGAAAAAUAAAAAAAAAAGCCGACUGCCAAAAGAACAAAGAUGCGUUGAGUGUUUGGAGCAGCUGUCUAUUUCCAGCUGGAGAAAUAGUGCCAUUGGUGAUGCAGAGCAUGAUGUGGAGGUGUUAGCAGAGCGUACGACAAAGAGUAGAUAGUGGCUGCCUGGGGUGGCCUUGCUCUCCUGCGAACUCACUCCCACCAACAGCCGGCUUUGCAAGGUCAAACUGUUCAUAACUGAGAGGUCAUUGAUUCUGAGCACCAUGUGCACGUCGGCCUUUUACCUUGUGGUUUGUGUAAAAUGUGUAGCAGCGAGUGAGCAAGCGAGUGUGCAUAAUGAGAUAUGCAGAGCAGCAGAAGUCGGGGGAAACGAGCAGAAGUAACUCACUUGUAAGUAUCCGCUGUAUAGUAUAAUUUAUUCAGACUCGGGUCAUAAAUACUUAACUCUGUGUGAUAUCAAUUUCAAUGCCUUUCUCUUUGCACAUACAGUAACAUAUGAUGAUAGAUCUCUAAAGCUGCUAUGGAUACCCCUUUCCUAUUAUCUCUCAUGAAUUCACCUUGAAUAUGGAUUUACUUUCAAUUUUAGCUCACUUUAACACGACUUCUCUCUCAAUAUGCGCGGUAAACCUGUAGUUUUGUUCCUUUCCGCGGUGAAAAUGCCACUAAAAUCCCCCAUGCCUCUCUUUCAGGAGCUUUAGAGAAGAGCAGAGGAUCAGAGCUUUUUUUUUUUAUGCGCUCCAACAAAAGAAACCACUCGCUGCUAAGGCUCACAAUGCAACAAACAUGAAAAAUGGAUUUUCGCCUGUCACAAACAAAGGUUGCAUCCUCUAUGCACUGUUUUAGACAGUGACAAUUUAAUAGCCUUAUAUAAUGCAUCCUGCAGGCACAUUAUUUUGACAUAUAUCUUCCUCCUCCCCGCCCAUAGUCCUCCUCUCAACCAUACUCUCACUAGUGUCAGCGCUGCUUGGCUGCAGCGCCGAUGGGAAGUGGCGUGCAGCCUCAGCCCGAGGCCCCCCUCCACAUCUGGAGCUCAGCAAACCCACUUUGUUCUGCUGUUGUUAAACAUGCCAGUGCGACAUCGAACGGACCUCUGACCACUCUGUAAAACACCACAAACUCUAUAAACUUCAAAACGCAUUUCUUUUGUUAUGUUGGCUUUAAGAGGCGACGCUCGUUCAGCUGCAGUGGUUUCAUAUAUUCUACAGGAAUCAACUCUCCGGUUCCUUGUUGAGCCCUGAGAGGAGAAUAUACACUUAAGUAAAUGAAUCUAAGGACAAUCAGGGGUCUAAUUAUCACUGUAUGCUCACAGCUACAAAUAGUUUUUAUAUAUUUCAAUAUUUCCCAUUUAUUCCCUCUUUCAGCCGUUGAAUAAUUCAUGAGAGAGCUCCUCUAAGCUGGUGGAUAUUUGUUUAUACAGCAUGUGUAAUUGAAGUCUUUCAGCCAAUUCUGUGCAGGGGCUAUGGUUUGUGGUCACAACGCUUAAAUGCAAAAUGAAUUUCUGUGGCCCACAGCUUAAUUAAUUAGCCAGCAUUUUCUCUCAAGACUCCACCAGCUGUUUCUCGCCUCUGCCAGGAUCCCCGAGCAUUAAUAACAGGGGCGUUAACAGCAGCUCCCUGUGUAUCACUGUGUUAGGGUCACGGCUGUUUCUGGCGAAUUUCUCCGCAUUGCUAUUAACUCUUGCGUGCAGGAGUGUAGUAUUUCAAACAUGCAGUAACACCUCGGGGUUUGUAGGCAAUUAUCUGUUUCAACGAAAGUCGAGCUCGUAGCUUUGCUUGUGAAGUUUGAGAACUGGAAAUUAACCCCGAACCCAUGACAUGUAAUUAACGUUGAUCGGCUCAUUUUCUUUAGGUCUAGAUUUCCUUUUUCUUACAAAACAGCAUUUGUAGACAAUCGUAAAACUGAGUGUGCCUCUUAUAUACACCUCUACCUAACUAAAGUAAAGUCUGGUAACACUCAAUUUUCUUAAAGUUUUAUUUUUUUGUGCUUGUAACAGCUGUGAGGGGGAUAUUACACCUAAGAAACAACUUUAAUUACUUUUCCCACAGCAAAUAUUCACAGUGAGUGUCAAAUUUAAAGACAGCAGUAGGAGAUCUUUUUAUCAAUUAACACCAUUUUAACAAAGAUGGGACAAUCCAUAAUGUAUAGAGGCACACUUAAUGUAAGUCUAACUCAAGUAAUUUACUUAAGUCUCAAAAAUAUUUAAUUCAUCUGAAACCUAUCUUUGUUUUUAGUCAUUUUAAGGCAAAAUAAUGAUAGAUUGUAAAGUCCAGUCAUGUACAAAGUGCUUUACACAAUGCAAAAACCAAACAAAAAACAAUUAAAAGUACAGAAUAAAAAGAUAAAUUAAAGGUCCAGUGAGGGUUUCUUUUUUUUAAGGUCAUGAAAGAGACAGAAAUUCAAAUUAUAGCACUUUCCUGAAACUCAAAAGCAGUUAUGAAUACCAUGGAUAAGCUAUAUAUAGUAAUUUUUAAUGCCAGAAGCAAUUUUGAGGGGGUAGGUGUCAGCCGAGCAGACCCUUUUUUCUACUUCUUCUUUAACUGUUCACAAAAUGACACGCCUGACCACAAGAAAUCAGCAAAAUGAGAUUCAUUGUUAAAAGACAGUAUUAAAGCAUGUCAAGGACUAGAUAAGACUGCUUUAUUUACAAAAGUUCCCUACUGGAGCUUUAAAACAUCAGCUGACUAAAAGAAGAAGACUUGAAAAUAUGGAUAAAGUGUAAGAAUGAUAAGCAUUUUGACAUCAUAAGUCUUUUAAAGUUAUGAAAAAGAAGAAAAAUAAUGAUUACAAUGGCAUGUUUCAGGCUGAAAGAUAUUUAUGGUGGUAAAACUCGACAAACUCUCCCUGAGGACCACCAAUGGAGCAUCUAAUUCUAAGAUCUGACUGCUAGAUAUCACUUGAUUUUUCACUUUUGCAAACUGUAUUUUUUUUUCAUUUGGUAUCCGGAUAUUUGUUCCCUAAAGAAAACUGUUUUAAUUGCCAAAAUAAAGCCUCAAACCUGGAAACCAGCUGGGAUCCCUGUGUGUCAGUCCUGCUCUUCAUAGACUCCCCAUCGAUCCCAACCACCUCCAUGUGAGUGGAGCGGAAUAUUCAAAGGCAGAAAACAAACCUAGUCUUAGAGCAGUAAAAUCUUGAAUCUUUCUUCCCUGUUUGCAUUAGAAAAGCGCUCUUGUUAUGCAUGAAUGUAAUUCGAAGGAGAGAAGGUUGCAUGAAAGCGCGAGAGAGAAAAAUAGAAGGGUCAGCCCUGUUGAGAUGUAGCUCUGUACUUCAGUCUGACCUGACGUUACCAUCCAUACAGAGAAUCCACAAUGAAUCUAUUAGACCUCAAGUCUCUAAAGAGCUGAGGUUUGUGUGUAAGGUUUUGAAAAUGUCAUUAACUGGCGAGAGAUAAGCGGGGCUUGUCCACUCAUUGCUGUAAACAACACUCACCACCAAGGUUAUAUGGGUGGGCUUGAGAGGGGGGAUGAAUAAACGUUUUGCCGUUUAUGAGAUGCAGCAUAUAAGGGUUACACAAAGUCUGUUAUGAUUUGGGUUGGAAUAGCUUGAAUGUGGAAUAUUUGUGUUUAUGCGGACAUAAAGGUAUAAUUUUCAGCCCCUUGGCUAAUCGUUCCUGCGGAAAAAUCCUCAUGACUGCUCGUAAAGAAAUCUCGCAGUUUAGAGACAUUUCCUGUUAAGUAACCGCCGAGGAUAGAGGAGCGUUUUUCGCCUCAGAAUGGCAUUAUUAGUUGAUCGUUUCAAACCACUUUGCCUUUGUUAUGUUGAGGAAGUGGAGCAUCCUCUCGGGGUCAUUACCAAGAUUUUAAGACCCUUGUUUUGUUUUGUAGUUAGCAGCUAAAAAUGUUGUUAUGACAGCUGACAUCGCUAAAGGAGAGUUGACUCCGCAGCCCUGAGUCCUAAUUCACAGUGCUUUAAUCCAGAAAUAGUCCAAAAAAGAACAAAGCUCAGCUCAGCGUUGAUACUUUUCUCUUUUUUUUUGUUAUUGUGAGCAAACAGAAGAAAAACAAGUCAGUGAAUUUUGCAAAUAUUAAAACCAUCCUCUGUGGAAAGUUAAUGCACUGAACAGUCAGGAGCAUCUGCAGCGGAAAAAUGACUAAGUGGCUUCUUAACAGAGUUUAUAGAUUACAUUAAUUUUUCAUAUCAGUUAAUGUGUAAUGAUGAUGUUAGGUGUAAUGAGUGUUAAAGUUUAAUUACUGUGAAUUAUACAUCCGAAUUAGACCAGGAGGCUGGGUUUGGAAAGCGGGGACAGACUGGGGCACAGCUUUAGAGAACUGGGACACAUUCGUAAAUGGAGUGAAAAAAUAUGUUAAUACUUGGAUUUAAAGCUCUGGCUCUUGGCAGCAAUACGUUCGUCAUCGUUUAUAGUUAGGUUGCUUAUUCGGUGUGAUAAAGAAAAUCAAAUACUCUUAUCAAAAUUAAUAUCAACAAAUAGCUGCUAUUUGUGACGCCAAAUAUCCCACAGCCAGAAAAAGAUUAAAGGACAACACAUACACAAGUAAGAGGCUCCUCUCCUAUCCCUGCAGCGAAACACGCUGUCCUUAUUUCCUCCUUUUAUUCCUCUCUUCAUUUUGUGUCUCUUGUAAAGUCAUUCUCAGGCUGUCUGUGCUUGUUUUACAUCUUGUUUUGCACCCCAUUUGGCACCUUAUCUCGCUCCUCAUUUUGCAUGACAUUUUGAACCUCUUUAUUGUUACUCUCCAUCUCUUUGUUGUCAUUUUGCAGCUCUUAAUCGACCAGCACCUCUCAAUUUGGCUGCUUUAAUUCCCAGUUUGUAUUUGGAUUCUUCAUCACUUUGCAGUUUUACCCAUCUGGGCAGAUUUUUUGCUAUUUUUGUGGUCACUUUCCAUCUCAUAGUUGCUGUUUUGCAUCUCUGUUUUCUAUUUCUAACCCUUGGGAGUUAUUGAGCAUAUCUUUUUAAUCAUUUUCUACCAUUCUAGCGUCGUUUUUUAAAUCUGUGUGUAAUACUUUUGUAUAUUUUUAUGGUUGCAUAUCUUUUUUGUUGUCAUUCUACCUCUCCUCAUAGUCAUGGCUGCCCCUUUGUUGUCAUUGUUCUUCUUUAAAAUCUUCAAAUUUUCCACCUCUCUGCAGUCAGACUCAUUGUAGUCCUCUGCAUCUCUUUGUCUAUGUUUUGUAGCCUUGUAGCCUUCAGUGUUUUCAUCCCUUUGUGCCUGUUUCCUUGUUUUUGUCCCUUUUUUGUUGAAACGGGGCUUUAGUGUUUAUUAUAAUGUCAUUCUGAUCUGAGAUGAAUGGUUUCAUUAUGUACUAUUUUGUCCCUCUCUGUAGUUAAUCAGCCACAGCGUCUCACUGUGAUAUUAUAAAACCACCGCUGCACUUUUGAAUGGCACACUCCACUUAAAAAAAAAACUCACAAAUAGCUCAGUUGAAAGGUCAAAAGUUAUAUUAUCUUUGUAAACGUCCCUAAAGUACUUUGGGUUUUAUAAACUAAGCAUUCAGGUGCAGCUAACCAGAGAGUGUCAGCAGGCAGGCACAUCACAAAAGCUAACAGAGUGCAAAUCACUAGAGACUUACUGAAUGGGAGGCUGGCUGGUCAAUAUUGUGGAAGACUUGUCCUCAGGUCGGUAUGUUGUGAUUGGUCAAUAUGCCGUAAUCAAUAGUCACAAGCAUGAGGGACCUUUGUGAACCUGCUCCUGAAGAGUGCAGGUGUUUCAUACUGUAAAUAUGAUUUCAAAAACUGCUUUAAAAUACGAAAUAAGGAGAUUUUAGACUUAUUAUAAAUUAUGUGAUUAAUUGUAAAAAGUUUAAGGUGUUUCAUCUUUUUUGUACCUGAUUUUUUGCAGUUCUUAGCAGCUGUUUUUGUCUCUGUUUGACUCAUUUUGCAUCUCUUUGCAGAUUUCUUGUUUUGCAUCCGUUUGUAGUCCUUUGCAUCUUGAACUUAUCUUGCAUAACUUAGUACUUUUAAUUGCUGAUUUUCUUCUCAUUUUGGAUCAUCUUGUAGUUUUUGAACCCCUUUGUGGUUGCUUUGCAUCUCUCUGUUCUUUUGUUGCAACUAAUUUGCGGCUCCGUUUCAACUCCUCAUCGUCAUUUUGCAUCCAUUUGCACUUUGUUCUCCUCCUUGUAUUUGUGUUUUAUGUCUGCUUUUAGUGGUAUCAGUGACCCCUCUUGUACAGUCAAUGGCAUUAAACACUCCCUAAUCACUGUAAAGUAUCAUAUUGCACCAUAGCUGGACUUGUUUGCUUUGCCUUAAGUCCCCCCUUCAACCCACUGGGGCUCAGAAUAACACACUCCAGUGCAUGUUGUGUCGCCGCAGUGACAGCACUUCAAAUUUCUCUUGAUUAAUAACAUGAAAAAACAUCAGUCCAACCUUUUAUCUUUUGUUCUCAUGCCAGGAAAUCAAAACAAGCUCUCACAAUGGAAAGGAUCCCAGCAUCACCACUCUUCACUAUAAUUGCUGAUGUCAGUGGUUGCACAAGCCUGUGUGGGUUCAUGAGCGACAUGGCUCCUCUUUAAUUCAACGUUUUCCCCAUGAAAGAAAAACUAAUGAUGGCUUCAUGUCCCCACUGUGUGUAAAUAUUAAAUCACAUAGUCCAGAACUUUUCCCCCCAAUAUGCUCGGAGUAUUGUUUUAGCGCGCUCACUCCCCGCUAAGGUAAAAGGCCACCAUGCUGCUAAGUUUUCCUCUUCACCAGCGUAACGUUUGUCACUUUAGUCCCUCUUUGGUUUGUUUUUCCUUACCAAAAAAAUCCAAGGUGUGGCAGCCCUCAGGCUCUUCUUGCCCUUAAAGAUGACAAACAGGAGUUUUUGUCACUUCUCUGUUGGCUAUUUGUAGAGGAAUUUAGCCGUGAUUUGAAAUAUUUAGUGACCUAGUUGUGGGACACAUCAUUUUUUAGAAUAUGCUUAAAACUAGGUCUGUAUAUUCUGAGUAAUUUCUUGUGACUAAACCCCUCCACCCUCCCCAAAUUGCAUCAGCGUGGAGGAAAAAGCGCUCCUAUUAAUUCAUCUUCAGUAUUUGUAGUGGUGAAAAUGGGUCCUCAUUUCCCCAGUUUUGAUUUUCUCAAUGAGAGAAAUAUCUCUCCAGAAUGGGAAUUAUGCUUGGGAUCAUUUUAUAUGGCUUUGCCUUUGUGGUUUCACUUGCCUAUUUUAAAUGCUUGGCAGGAAUAUGAAAUUCAUUAUCAUUACUUAGACCUCAUUAAACUGAAAAGAAGCAUCUCAACUUUCUAAUUGGUUCCAAGGGGGAGGGAGAAGAAGAAAUAAGCAAAGUAAUUAAUAUUGGGUUUAUCGGGCUCCAUUGCAGAUUUCUGCUCUAGUGUUUCCUCGGUGUGCCAUAAGUCCUCUUGCAUAUUUACACUACAGAUCCAAUUACUUUUUUUCUGGGGGAAACUGGUGUGGGGAACUGGGACAAAAAUUGGAAAAUGCGUUUGAUUAAAUAUGAACGACGAGAUUGAAGGAUUGAUUGCGACAUUUCAUGUACUGCCAAGUUAGAUUAAAUACUAGAGAGAACAUGACAUACUUUUUAAGAGGUUUCUGACAUGAGAUGUUUCAGGGCUGAAUGAAUUAUGGACUUGAUUCUGACUGGUCGAUACCCCUCACGAAGAGUAUGUUAUUUCAAGACAACAAAGUAGUGCUAGCUCAGUUACCAAGAACUGUUCGUCUGUUCACGAUAAAUCCAUUUUGUAUCACAUGUCAAAGGUUUUUAUCAGGUGUUAAAAUUAUUGAUUGUGAGAAAUGCACUUUGUUUGUUUCCAUGCAAACAAACUGGCUAUGAUUGUUGUGUAGUGAUGGGCACGGCAGUUCUUUUAGAUGUACUGAAUCACUAGAAUCAGUUCACUAAAAAGAUUUGUUCAACAGAUUCGUUCAUCAAAUCACCGAAUCAUUUAGCGGGAGGAGCCUGCGACUCCAACCUCCUGAACUGAUUCACAGCUGAACAGUUCAGGAUUCAGUUCAAAUCAUAGCCUCUGGGACCAGGAGACAAGAGUGUUUGGCUGUGUUGCUUUGGCAAACAGGUUUGUAAAAAUGAACUUGUUUAUAAGUCAUGAUGUUUUAAGUGUACUGUCCUAUGGUAUGCUAUAUACCAGGUCUGCUUGGUAAAUUGCGGUCAGUGAGUGAUUCGUUCACUGAACGUUUAGAAGAAUUCAAACUGAACAUGCACCCUCGCAAACCACUGCAAUGAUAGGAUGCUGUGGGUUUAAUGCACUACUUGUUACAUGCUGUGUCCUAUUGUAUGAAAGUUGUUGUGAUGGCAAUUUAGCAGUUAGAAAAAAAGGUAGUUUUUUCAGAUAAACAUGAUUCGAGAGAGUGUAGUUCAAUGUGUGAUUCGUUCACCAAGUGAUUCAGAUGUCGGUGCAUGUGGUCCCUCGUUUGCUGGCAUGGCAAUGCUGUUUCUCACUUCAGCUAAACUGAAGUGAGAAACGAACUAAUCACUCAAGGAAGUGAUUCGGUUCAGUACGUUCACUUAAAAGAUUCGGUUCUUUUGAACAAAUCGUUCGCGAAUGACAAAACACUAUUAUUGUGCAAAAACACUUAGCCAGGAGUUGCAGCCGUGCACCACGUCUCCACGGCAUCAGUAUCUUCUUAUCUUGUGUUUUCUUCUGUCAGACCAGCUGUGUGUACUUCCUUAUUUCACUCAAUAAGAACAAGUAUGCAGACACCUGGACACCGUGAAUCCGACAUGUUUUUCUGUACAGUUCUCUUGUUGCGGCAAAUCCACACCUAGCAGUCCGAGCAUCACUUUACAUGACUUACUGUCCACUCAGAUUAUUUUUCUUUAAAGAAACUACGUGUACACUUCCAUAUGUUCUGCAGCUACGCUGUCAGGUGAUUGGAGGAUGAUUUGAAUUUGCAUACCUUAAAACCGCUUUGCUCCACUGCAGCUAUGGUGACCUUAACUUUUGUGUUAAAGCAGGAUCAUUCAUUUCUCCAUCUUUUACACAUUGUGUGUCAAUGUGUGUGUUAAAAACAUAGUCUGAAACAUGAUUUUGCAGUAAGUGUUAGAACAGACCGGUCGAAGUUGAAACUUUUCUCCCGUUUGACCUCUUUUUGUCCGGUGUCAUCGCCCCAAAGUCACAACAGACCUGGCGUUUCUCCUUGGUGCAAGCUGCUGGAGUUGCUCGGAUAGCUCUCCCCCCUCAUGUUGUCUUCAUGUCACUGACUGGAUGAGGCGGCAUCAUGAGACUUAUGUUUUCAGUGGGGACAGAAAAUGAAGGCACACAGUGGGGAGAGUAUUAGCAGAACGAAAAAAAAUAAACGUCAGUCUGACAGAAGCAAGAUUUUAUUAGGCAGGGGUUCUCAAUGUCUCUUUGGAUUAAUAUUUGAUUACUUUGCCAGCCCUACGUCAAAUCAUAUCAAUAUGCUAAAAGAAGUGUUGCACAUUUUCCCCCCGGUCUGCUGACACUGUAACAAAAACCUUUCAGAUUUUAUGGUUUGUAGCUGAUGAUUCACUAGUAAAGAAUUUAAGAAAUGAGGAGGUAACAGCCCAAAUAAAGCAAAGAGCUCAUUGAAAGAGACAUUGAGCCCAUCAAGGGACUGGUUGAGUGAGGAGAAAAUAUCAACAUCAAGACUUAAUCGAGGGCUGUGGUCAUUUUACGCAUCAGUUCAGUAUGCUAAUGAGAAGAUGCUAAUGUUUGGACUGAACCCUGCAUGGAAAAAUAAGCUCAAAGUCAAUGCGACCCUGCCAUGGAAGCAAUUCUAGAAUUACAAAAAAAAAUCAACUAAAUGAAGUUAAAGUCCUGUAGAAGAGCAGGUUUUAACAGUAGACUCUCCCAAUAUCAGUGCAGAUCUUGCUGUAACAACCCGCUCUGUAUACUUUACCCCUUACUUGUUAUGUCUGAAAAUUUCUCCUUAAACUGUAUGUUUAAUUAGAAAUAAAGGUCCCAUGAGUAACUUUUGAUUAUUUGUGCCAUCUUGUGCCUACAAAGUCCUUACACACCGGGACUGACGCAAAUAUCCGACACGAAAUAUUCAGAGGCGAAUGUGAUGCGAUUUUGCGACUUUUCGGGGGGGAAAAAAGACACGUGGUGGAAGCGAGAAGACUGACACAACAGCAGACUGACUGUUUUUCAGUUCUGAUUAGACUCUAGUGUUGAGAUGUCUGUCUGUCAUGAUAGCAUGUACUGAGUCGGGGCCAGUACCAGAUAAGCACAUUAAACUGUAAUCCAUAAACGUAAGAUAACAACCGAGACCUAACGGUGCUGUGACAGCAACAUGAUUGAGUUUGAGACAGUGAAAAUACAUAUGGUUUGUUGUAUCUGAACAGGUUAGCUUACGAGCUAAAGUUACUUAGCACAGAUGAAAGUCAAAACAAAGAUGUUUAGCAAACUGUCAUAGCCUAUGAGAAAUCGGACUCUAUGACUCUCCACAAGUUGUCCUUCAGGUCGUUAUCUUUGUAAUGUUUGUGUCUUUUAUCAAAAAUCACUCUGUUCUCCAACACGUAAACAAUCAGCCGGUCGGCCAUGUUGGAUAUACCGGUGAAUCUGACGUUGCAACAACACGAAAUCUGAUUUGUCAGAAGUGGACACACAGUAUGCAAAACUUUAGAAAAAUCGACCAUGAUCCACAGGACGGGAAAACAUCGCUGAUGUGAACGCUUGUAUUGACAGGAUACGGGUUCGAAAAAAAAAAAUAUUGACAUCCAAAAUAAUCGCACGAUAAAAACGGUCCCGGUGUGUAAGGACCUUAACCCUGACCCUAACCACUGUGGAGAAAGCCAUCCUAUCUUAUCCUGCCAUUGUAUAUCAUUAAAAGUCAUCAGUAUGGAUUUCAGUCUAUUUCAUAAAUGAUAAAAAAAAUUACUCAUAGAGGCUUUAAGAAAGUAAGCUGGUUUUUAACCCUUUAAUGCCUGAAACCACAAAUUAUGGCAAGAAAAAUUCAAAAAUUUUUGAAGCAGAAAUGUUAAUUUCAUUCAUGACUAAAAAAACCCAAAAUCGAAAUGUCCUUAAAAUUUGACAAAAAAAUUGAGCUGGUUUGAUACAUGAGAUGUUUUUGGAAACUGAUAAACCACAAGAGGACAUUUUUAUCAUUUAUUGGACUGUAUUCAGGUGUUUUUUUAGUAAUUUGUUGCUCAUAUUGAUUUGAUAGAAAGUAUGUAUCAAAUAUGAUACAAAAGGCAUUAUGGGGCACAUUGGCAAUGCCUUUUAAUACAGCCAAUGUUAAAUAACAAUUAACGAUGGAGAAACUAUAUUAGCUUUUCAAAAUGUCCUGUUAUGAUCUGAUACCAGAUCCUGUAAGCUGGAAAAAAUAAUUCUACAAUGACUUAAUAAGAGGAGGUUGUAUGAGAGCUUAAAAUAUUUCACAAUGAGGCAAAACAUGUGUCUUACUGUUUCUCAUUGCCGUGAUUAAAAGGCAGAUCAUGUGCGACAAUCAGCUCUGAUGUAUUAGUCUGAAUUUAUAAAGAACCGUUCCUGCCAAUUUCCAGCUUGCAGGUGUUGCAUAAUCACCACCGUCGACCCUUCAGAGCACAUGUCAAACAGCAUGAAAGGUCAUUCAGCCUUUUGUAAUAUGCAUUAUUACACAUGUUGCAGGCUCAUUGGCACACAGCAGCCAUCAGCAAGUGAGGCCAGCAGUCACAUCAGAGGCAAAGCAGCUGCUCUGUGAGGGCUCUCUGCCACCACUCUGUCUCCCUGUUCCCCCCCUUUUCUUCUGGCUGAAUGUAACUCUUUCAUCAGAGCAGGCGAUCUAAAAAUAUGUAAUACCAGCUCUGGACGUUUGCCAGGCAGGGGAAAAGGGCUGAAAUGACUGACAGGGAACAGCGUGACAUUUAAAAGUGAAUGACAUCACACUGACAGGAAACAUAAUUUAACAUCGCAGUUUUUCCCUUUGCCCGUUUCUAAAAAAGACGUGUGCCACGAGAGACUAACACAGAUAAAGUGCCUUUGAUUAUUUGUGUUUAAUUGACACGAGCUGUUUUUUUUUUCUUUUACUCCAAAUCGCUGUCAUGCUCCGCAAGCCAGUUAUUUCGACUCUAAAAAACAGAUAACCAGGGUUGUUUUUACAAGCGCAGGUCUUGCAAAGAGUCAGAGUAGCUUUUAUGUCCUUGAUCAGCCCCCUUUCUGCAAUGUCCCAGGCCUGUGUUGUGUGUUUGACAGAUGAGACGACACACUUUGAGGCUCACAUGCAAAUGCAAAAAACCCCCUUCGCUACUAUUCCCUGCUUCCUCCGCUCUGUGCAGUUUUCAUGCAUCUUAAAACAACAGCAGCUCUGCUCUGUGAGAAGUCAUUUUGCAUUUCAAUAAAGUAUCACUUUCUUUUUUUGGGCGGCUGCACAGGACCAAUCUUAAGGCCUCCUUGUGUGACACGCUGUCAGAACCCGCCAGCUAUAUUUCAUGAAUUUCUGCGCUUCUGUUUGUCAUGGACAGUGCUUUUUUUAAAACAGAAAUGCAUACUUUUGCUUGUAACUGGUUUUGAUCCCCCUUCUCCAACAUCGCAUGCAGCCCGCGAGUGCAAACUCAGAAUACACACGAGGUUUUUUUAAGGGAAAAUCUUGUGUGUUUAAUCCCGUUGUCUUGACACUUUUGGUAUGCUCGACAUGAAGUUCAGAUUUUCACUGAAGCUGUUUUUAAUUGUUUACAGCAUCACACAAGUCCUCUGCAUUUUUCUUCUUGCCUGAAAACAAAUUUCUCUCGCGGUUUAUCGAGCAAUAUGUCACUCACUUUCACCUCGGCAUUUAUGUCUAGAAUAACAACCGUACUUCGAGGACUUCUGAUGUUUUCGCGGAAAGCAGUGGGGGAAAAAAAUAGUCACUCAAUUUGACACCACGCAGUCACACGUUUUUGUGCCUCUCACUGUCUUCCAUCUGCAUUAAUUUGACAUUCUCUAAUCUGCCGCUCCCAUUUCCCGGCAGCGGCGGAACUGCUGUACAGCCUGCUGGCUUGGAUGUCUGCACAGAGAGGGAGCAUACACGAAGGAAGUGGAGCCUAUUAUGGGUCACCUUGGAUGCAUUUCCCAUUAAAAGGUGACAGGCACGCUGCUCUGGAACAAGGACUGCUGCUGGUUUGAAGAUCCGGGCCCGCUGUCUCUUGUAAAUGACUUAGGCUUCAAAAUAAUUAAGCACAGAUAAUAGAGAGUUUGAAGGAAUGGAUGGGAAUCUGACAUAGAGCUUGAGCUUGUAGAGAGUAACCACAUGCAACACUUAGCAGGCUAGAUUACACGGCAUUGUUGCAUACUCAACUCUGAUUGGCUAAUUACCGCAUUCCAAGGUCUGCUAUUUCUUCAUAGCGGGCUGCAAAUCCAAUCACAGGCUCUCAGUGACUAAUUUCAAUCACGUCAAUCCACCGAAAGACGUCAGGAAAAUUUGCCGUCGGUCUGUUUACUGUGGGGAGAAGAAAAAGAGAUGAAAACAGCGGAGGGAAAUACAAGACAGGUUUUGACACACAAAAGAGCUGUAGGCUAUAGCGGAGAAAUCGACUAAAUUGAGGACGGCACAUGAAGUAAACACCAAGCAGAACAUGAGAUGGGACGUUUAGAGGAUGUGAAUAGAUGAGAAAACGUCAUCGCGUUUUGACAUUGACAGGGCAGAAAACCUCGGUCACUAUUCCUCCAGGCGCUUGUAAGAUCCUGGUCACCUUGUCUCACUUCAACAUCGAUGAAAAUAUUCAGUUAUAUGUGAGAAAUAACAGUUUAGACAACUGAAGGCACUGGAGGUUUCUGUUGCGACGGAAACAGUUGUGAUGGUAGUUGUUAAAAAAUAUGAUAAUCCCAUCGCCAAUAGAUUUCUUUACUUGAAAACUAUCCGAUAAGUGGGGCAAAGUUAGCAUGAAGCUUUCUUAAAAGGCUGACAAACUUGGCUGGUAUUAGACGCAUUAAACUGAGCCGUUCCCCUGAUAGUGAAGUAAGGCAAGGUGAACAGGUCAACAGCACCAGAUGGAGUUUUUCUGCCUUGUCACAAUCAGAGUCUAUACUCAUUUUCCUUUUUAAACUCAUCAUCUUUAAACUCCACUUUACCCCAUACUGUGUCCCGCUUGAUUGAUCUUUCUUCAGUCGAGUUGGUUCUUCAGUUUUUUGGUCUACAGCUUAUGUAUCUUUCAGCUUUCACCGGCAAUUCCUCUGCCAGUUUCAACUUUCUUCUCUUAAGUCUGUGAUGUUAAGUUAAGUCGUAUACUGUAAGUGUGGUGAGUGUUCCUCAUAGCAACAGUCUGCUACAUAAAGGUAUAUUAGGUGGUCAUGCAAAUUGGAGUCACAACAGAGAGUGGAAGACCCAGACAGGAAUUAAAAGAGUUUAUCUCAGCCAGAAAACAUCCUCACCUGCUGUAACAAACCGCGCACAUUCACUUUAAUGUUUAUUAUCUAAAAAAAACCACAUGGUCAUACCUUAAGUUCAUGAUAGCACUCUUUCAUGCUGGUUGCCACAUGUCGUGAAACAGGACAGAAGAAGAAGAAGAACCAGACUUCCAUAGAGAGAGCUAAAGAAGUCCUCAGAGAGAUGAAUCUUCACUUUUAAAACUGAUGUUGAAGAUUUAGGUAACACUUUAAAAUAACCAUAACUUAUAAAUGGUAAGCAGAUAGUUUAUUAAUGUUUAAUCAUCAUUUAUAAAUAGCAUGUAGACUAUUAAUAAAUUGUAAAUUUUACAAUUUUAAAAACCUAACCCUAACCCUAAAGGUCCUUAUACUCCGGUGCCAACGCGGAUAUAGAACGCGAAAUUACAAAAUAUUCAGAGGCGAAUUUUGACACACCUGACUAUACACAUCAAGCCUGAUGCGAUUUUGCGACUUUCCGAGGGGGAAAAGACGCAUCCUGGGGAAGACUUUUCCCGGGUAAAGUCCCACCUCCUUCGCCUCUGAUUGGCUAGAAAAGCUGGAAAUGUCAUCACACGCUCAAGCAAAACGGUCAGCACUUACAGCCAAUCAGAGGUGAUAAGAUAAGCACAUAAAACUAUGGUAACAACCGUUAGCUUAUGUUAGCACAGAUGUAAUGUGCAGUAAGUUGAUUGCAUCCUAAUGGUUUAAGUUACUAACCCUAACCCUAACUUAUAUCUGUGUCUGUGAAAUGUCAUUAUUUCCAGACUUUCAAUACCAACUUGAGGCAAUGAGAAAAGUUUCUUACCAGGGAAAUGUGCCUGACUAUGUUCUGAGUGUCAAAUUGUGCAAGAUGUCGAACGGCUGUUGGGAUAUUUGACUUAUAAACCAAAAGAGAAUGUCACAUGGUGGUGUUGGAAAAGUCAGAAUCACCAGAUUUAACAGAAUUUUUCAUUUUCACCUUGAAGAAUUUGUGUUUUCAGUCUAGACUAGCAAUGGUCUGAGGGAUGCCGUUGCCGUGGGUUACAGGCUGCUAACAUCUGUGCCUGGUAACUAUCAUUAAUAGUAUUUUAGAAACUUAGAUUUUUACUACAUUGUCAACAGGCGGGGAAGAAAUGUGCUGGACUCCUUUCUGCAGAUCAGUUUGUCAGGUCGUCCCUGGUGCUGCUCAUGAUGUUGAGAAUCAUCCACUGUUGUCAUGGAGUUUUGACCAAUCAGAAACAAGUAUUUAACACAUCCAGGUAUUGAGUAAGAAAGCCAGAACUUGAAUCAAUCACAAUACAAAGCUAAUACACCAUAACAACCUCCUCAUUGUAUAUUAUCUCUUCUAUUUUGUCUCAAAGCACUUAAAUGAUGUGUGUGUUAGUCAGUGAAGUCUCCACAUAAUGCCACCGGCUGCCAAUCACUGCAACCCUGAGCCCCGGGGGAGAGACAGUUACUCGCUAAAUUGAGUCCCCCAGGCUUUCCAUUUGGUUGAUAUAUGGCGCGAAACAGUGACUACUCUCCUUGCUUACCUUUCACUCAUAUGCUGCAUGUGUUAAGCACCCAUAUUUCAUUCAGAUUAGAUUUCAACAAAAUGAUAGAUUGGCUCUGAAUCCCUCUUCAUGGAUAUUGUCAUGUACACAUUGUGUCAAAACGUCUCAAACAGAUGGCAGAGAAAUGUUUCCAUUCAGAUGGUAUACUUGCUGCCAGCGUCUCCAGAGACAUGCGCACAGUCUGGGCUCAUUACGGAAGACAGCCAGUCAUUGCAUACUUAUUGCAUGGUGACAUCUCUAUUGAGAUAGACUGACCAUUUUCCCGGGUGCUAUGGCUAUUUCAUCACGUUGGAAGAAGCAUUUACAGGUCCCGUGUGAACUCUACUCACAAUCAUUAGCGCAGGGAGAACAGAAGACCCAUUGAAAUACACAAUCAGCACAAUACUCAUUCAUGUCACGCACAAUUUACCAGAAUUCGCUUUCAUCCAGGCUCGCUGUCCAUAACUCAUUGGAUUCUGAUGCGGUUUUGUUGGUUUUCGAGCAUGAUUCAUCGUGCCGCUCUCCAUCCAGGGACUUAGACGCCGGUGCCCCUGCCAGGUGUUGUCGUUUGUGUGGAUAAUAACGGAUCGCUUUGACAGAUUUUCAUGUGACGUACCCGAACAAAGCAGAUCUCCCGCUGAGAGAAGUUGUGCGAGAGCCAGAGGGUUUGUUAGGUUUCACGAAGCUUUUUUACUUUUACUGUUUUAAAGCAACUGUCAAUAUGCUGUUGCAUCUUUAUUUGAACGUGACUUUAAGUUACUUAACUACAGACAAAAAUAGAACAGAGGAAGUAAAGUAUGAGUAUAAAAGUAUGAAAAGUUGAUUUUUUUGUGAUAUAUUUCAAUACAAACGACAAAAUAUCUUAAUAAGUCAAGAAAAGCAAGUGAGGAAACAAGGUUAGAUCUUUGGUUUUAAUGCUGAGCAGGUUUUGACCAUAUAUGAAAAUGGGCAAGCGGGCCCUGACAUCCCAGCCUGGCAGGAUCAGUUUGGAAGAGGGUACUCAGACUGGCAAGAGGAUCUUCAGCAUCAACAUCCGCCCCUUGAUACACAAUUAACUAAAACAACAUAAUAGCAAGCCAAGUUUUUCAGACGUUCUUGGUUUUGGACAAUUUAAUCCUUGAAGCGCUGAAGCCUGUUUAUACUAAAUACCUGAUAGGAAUACAAAUACAGAUACAAGCUGUGCAUUCAGCCCUCGCUCUGUGUUAAGACUGGCUGAUUUUAGUUUUAACUAAGUUUACGGCUCUUCACAAUGAAAGUUUACGAGAUGAUCCAAGGUCGAACAAUCAGUACGUCAUUGAUCCGUUGGCCUCAGAGGAGAAGUCAAGGUCGUGACUCGGUCAGAGGUGUUGUUUUGGCUUCAGUCUUAUUAAGUCGUCUAUAUUUUUAUGCAGUUUUUGAUUGACUCAUAUAAUGAAAUAGGCUCGUUUGGUGACGAUCUUACGUUCAGGUUGUAGAUUGAAAUGCAACCCGCCCCUUUCCAUCAGUGAAAAACAAUGGCAGCCUUUGUGGAAAGACACUCAUUUGAGGAAUUAAAAGUUUGAUUCUGCAUUUUUACUAUGAAAAAAAUCAAUCAAUACAAAGUCUAGUAACUGUUAAAUGAAAAAAAAAUUUAUACCCUAGUUUUAUCAUAUUCAUUCUGCUAAAUGUCAAAAACUAUGCUAUAAAAUAUAGUAUGUGUUUAUAAAGACGUUUAAUAUAUGCAGAAUAUGUCUGUUGUGGUUUAUUGCUUGUAAAAUAGCGUAUAAGCUGUGCAGUGUCACAUUCACAUUGUAAAAAAAGAAAUAAAAGGUUACCAUAUGUCAGAAAUUUUAUCCCAACAAUAAAAAGCUCCAUAAUUGUGAGAGCAAGAAAGACAAUGCUGUGAGCUUUCUAUAGCUGCAGCUGAUGAGAAACCCAGCGACAGGCUGACUAUUCAGUCGAUAAUGACUUGUACUGUGGUAUGUUAUUCAUCCUUGACCUUGAAAACAAUCGUCGCGUAAACAACCCCACCUCUAAGGUUUAAUUGUGACACUUUCUGCUUUUACUUAAGGCUGAGUGCUGACUUCUCCCAACUCUGCAUUUACAAUUCAAAUGAUUGUUUUUCUGAGUGAAAAAUAUAUACAGCGGUGAUGUCGUUAUGAAAUCAGCCUCACCACUGGGUCCACUUAGUCGCUGGAGGUCUGGGACUUUCGGUCAUGUCACAUUAUCCUCAUCAGCACACCCAUUUGAAAUGCAGAAAUGCUCUGUCACAUAUGGAAGUCCUUAAAAUGGUGAAGUUCUCAUUAAACAUUUCUAAAACAGUGAGUGGUUUUGUGUUAUUACACGUGGCAUUGGAUUGAAAUAUUCAUGUAUUAUAAAUGUAAGAAUUAUGCUACUGUUGCAGCUAAUUACGGUGAAGUUUGGUUGCAGUUACACCUCAAACCAGCAGCCUUGAUGAGGUCAUGAUCAUAAAAGGCAAUGCAGGCCAUACUUGUGUAGGUUGCUGAGAUAGGAUCCAAAUCUGACUACACUUAAAGGUCCUGUGAGUAAUUUUCAGUUUGUACCAGUUUUGGCGCCCCCUGUGGAGAAAGCUUUCUUCUGAGGCCUCACUUGCAGCAUUCUCUUGCAUUAAAAUGAGUAUAUAACAUAAAAAUUAACCAGUAGUAAUUUCAGUCUGUUUCAUAAAUGUUAAAAGAAAACUCAUCACAGGAGCUUUAAGUUGAAUUAGUAAAGACUCAAGUUAAAAGUUAAAAGAUACUGAUUCUUGAAAGCAAUAAACGCCAGCAUUAAAAAAAGUCUUCUCUAACAUGUACUGGAGUUAUUCCUCUCAGCAGUGGUUGCAAGAAUUCAUGAAGUGCCGAAGAAGUUUGUUUUAAAAGAAAAGAAAUGUUGACAUUUGAAGCCUCUGUAAUGAUCAGGUUUAGUUCCCUGAUAAACAGCGACGCUCAGUCUGCUGAUGAAGAACCAUGCGGUGAGAUCCAGAUCUGUUGUUUCAGUCAAAGUAGAAGUAGCUCUCUUAAAGUUCACCAUAACCUUUAUCUCCUGAAUAAAGUUAACAUAAAAAGUACACAUAAUGUUUUAAUAUCAUGUAUAUUUGAUUGUUGUUUAAUACAAGCAGCUCUAGACUCGUAAAAAAGGAUUUCCAUGUUGUAGCUGGUCCAGGUGGAGUUAAACUAAAUAUCUUAUACAGUCUUGAAUAGUUUAUUCAGUAACAGUAAAUCAUAAUUUGAGUUUAUUUUAUUCUUCUGUGAAUGUACAGUCCUACCUUUGCUCUUUAACUAGCUGCUAUAGCUGCCAGAUUGAUCAAACGGAGAAAGAAGUCAAACAUUUCUGACGAAACAGGCGUGUCAAGAGGUCAAAGUAAUGAGACUCAGGUAACUUGGUUCCUUUAGAGCAUGUAUUGUGAAAACCAAGGGCAGAUACUGAUAUUUUUAUAACCGCUUCAUAAUACGUCUUGUCUGUCUGAUUUGAGAUAUCAAAACAUUUGCUGGUUGCCUCUCCUCUUGAAAUGUCACUGGAAUAUAUCCUUCAAACCUCAGAAAAGGCACCAUAACCUCAGACGGACGACUUUUUCUUUAAAGUUAGAUGGUGAAAAAGAAUCAGUUUCUGUUCGGCGAUGACUCGAGUUUGUCAAAAAGGGCAAAGAUAGGCUGAUACCACCUGUAAGGUCGCAUAUCGGCGCUCAAAAUGUUACACGGAGAGCUUCACCAUCUAGAGUUUGAAAGAAACUCCCUCCCUCAGGAAACUCUUUGGGAAAUUUAGGAUAUAAGGUUUAACAUUCAAUCUUUUAGAAAGCCCAAAAGGUGGCAAAGUUUCAGCCUCCAAUUCAGAUGAGUGCAAGAUUCUACUUUGUAACACUGUAACCUUAAAUAUUAAAGACAAGAGAUUUUCCAAAAUAAAUAUUUAAUCAUUUGUGUGUACUAUUUGUUGUGUUUCUUUAAUGAACAUGCAACUCCAUUAACCCCAUUUAUACGUAUUCAUACACAUGGGGGUGCAUCAUCUGUUUAAAGUGUAAUAUUUAUAGGGCAAUGAUGAGCUCAGGAGUAAACAAGAGGAGCUGACAGACUGCAGCAAAUCUUUUUUUAUUUUUGGCAAACAGAACACGCCAACAAAAGAAUCUCAGCUCAUGAAAUAAAUCAACUUUUGAAACCUCAAAAUCACCAUCCUCGGAAACAUGACAGACUCUCCACCCUGUAAAGCGAAAUAAAGUUCUGACUUUCCCAGUUCUUUUAAGACCUAAAGUGCCCUGGUCAACUCGUUUCCCUGACAGCCAUUCACUCCCCCGCCUCACAGUAAUAAAGAGUUGGAAGCACGCAGCAUGGAAACAAAAACAAGGCAGUUCCAGUUGAGACCCUCUGCCUCUGCGCAACCUCUGACCCGCCGAAUGACAAUUUCUGUGUGACCCUUGUUCCCUGUCAAUCAAUAUGUUCUUGGAGAGAGCGAGAAAAACACACGCUCACGCACACACGCACGCACGGUCUCUGCAGCCGUUUGUCCUGUGGCGGGCUGGCUUUGUUCAUAGUCGCUGAUAAUGGGGAGAAAAUGGAAAUACAGAAAACAAUUAUACCCUUGCAUGGCUCCAGCCUUCACCUGAUGAGAGCGUUCAUCUCCAGCCAUGUUAUUCUCCGUCUCCCUCUGAAAUAUUUAUAAGCAAAGACGGGGUCUCGGAGCGUGCGGCGUGUUGUUCUGGCAGGUUGAAACCAUGGGCGAACGUAAAGAGCGCUCGUCAGUGUUGCAUAGCUUUUGUUUAAAGGUACCCAGCACACCUGCCAGCUGGAAAUACCACACUGAUUUGCAUUUUUAUUUGAUUUUAAUAUAUUCUUCUGAGGUGAUGAUUUUCCAAAUAUAGAGCAUCCCGACUCUUUCCUCUGUUUGCUAGCAACGAGCGAUGCAAGUUAAUUCUGUUGAGUGGUGUGUUUUUAAUAGAUCAAAGAGGAAAUCUGGGGCUGUCUUAUGCAAUUAAGGAGACGCAUUAAGAAGAACAAACCCCUGUGGGCUGUUGUUUUCAAAUGAUGCCCCACUGCUUCCACUGGUACAUCACGAUUAACGUUGUGCAGACAUGCCCUUUUGUUGAGUGCAUCAGACAGCAGAGAAACAUUCUCCCAGACCGGCUACAAAAUCUGGAUAUUUUUCAGUAAAACCAAAGGCUGUUGAUGCUUUCUAAAAUUCAGAGCCUGGAGUCAAGAUAAGCCCAAGAACUCCGCAGACUUGGCAGAAGGGAAGAGAAAACACAAGCUUUCUUAAUACUUGCCUCACUCCGGAUUAAAAAUUGGCUGUUAAUUUCCUCAAACUUAUUUAUCCAAUCAACGCCCUGACAAUAGUUGUGCGCAUUAAUAUUCGUUGUUGUGCUCAGCGGGAAGCAGGUACCGCACAAAAAACCACCGGGGAGAAACACUGAAACCUGAAGAGAAGAGAAGAGCAACCAGUUUAUCAAAUUUUAAUUCUGGCAUCUCUUGUGGUUUCUUUACACCCUGGAGAGGAUUUUUUUUUUUUUUUUUUUUAUAAUGUGAUGUGGCAGAAACCAGAAACCAGAGCGUGAGACGAGCCCACUGAUCUGCUUCUUUCCAGCGGGUCAAGUGGGGCUGUGUUGGUAAUCCCCACAGGAGCUCACAUGAUGGCUCAAUUAUAUCCAGAAACUGACACACAGCUUUCUGUCUCACUGUCACUUAAGAAUUUAAGCUACUUUAGGGCUCAGUUUGGCUGUUUUGUAAUAGUGGGCUGAAUAGAUAUUCACUAUGACACAACUAUCACCACAAUGGCACGUACUUUUUUUUCUUGUAUAUUCUGCAUCUACAUUAUUUUAAUGGCAAAUACCUGCUGAAAUUUUAGAUUCAGAACUUAACUACAACAACUUACAAACAUUUUAAAACUUCUUACUGGAGUUUGUUGUUAAAGAUUGGAUAUUUUCAAUUAAUCUACUACUAAUACUCAUAACAUGCAGCUCUACUAAUGUGAUUUAUCUUCUUGUUUGCACCUAAUGUGGUAUCCAAUAUGUUGGCUAUAAUGAACAUAAAAGCUGUAUUCGUGAGGCUGACCCCAACCAAGUCAGCCGGGCACUUUUAAGAUGGCAACCACCCUCUAUCUGACCUAGCAUCCUGUGGCACUGAUAUGAUGUUUCCCAAAUGUCAUGGUGGAAAUAUAGAUGGGUUUCUGUGCAACGUCCUCGCAGGUGUGCGCGCGCAGGCUUGGGGCAGAAAGUGGGACAAUUCUUAUUUGUUUACUAGCGGAGUCAACAGAUAAAGAAAAUGACAAGGAGCUGUUGUGCUGUAAACUGCACGAAUCGGCAAAACAAUCACCAAACAUUACGACCCUGCUCCUGAUAUUAGAAACAUCUAAAACAACGUCACAACCUGGUGAAUUGAGUGGAAUUCAUGGAUAUUUCAGCAAGUGUUUUUCUGAUUUUGAUGCAAUGAAGCGAUUUUUCAAUGAAAUGAUAUUUUUUGCAAAUGUGUCAGGGAAAACUUGCAAACAAUACGGCACCUUCAUUGAUAUAAGUUCACACUGAAGCAGGCUUUUGCCCCUGGUUGUGCGCGCACCUAGUAUUGUUUGUAUACAAGAAACCUGUCUAUUGAUCAAACACUUCUACAAAGUGAAUGUAAAUACAUUUAUUAUCUUAAAACACUUUAUCCCUUUGGUUUAAAUGACGAAUUAGAAAGGGUUUGCUUUUUGUGAGUGUGUCUGUUUGCGCUCGCUAACCACAUUUCCAGUCCAUAUGUAUCCAUUGAUAUAAAUAUUACUUGUAGGUCCCUGGCUUAUGUAUGUAAAUAAAAUAGAACAGAAUAUUCUAUAUUUCAGACUCAGGGUCCUUAGUGAGUCACUUGGAUUGGUUUUGUAUCGUCACGUGUGACAAUGCAUCUUGGGCCACACCCUGGCUCAAUUACCUGCUCUGUUUAAGAGGCUCCAGGUGUGUCCAAUCAAGGGCUCCAAUCAAGGGCUCCGGGUGUGUUCAAUCAAGGACUCCAGGUGUGUCCAAUUAAGCUCUCCAGCCUCAGACAGACCUCUCACUAUUGCACUCACGAUGGUUGAUUGAGACUGAAACAUUUGCUGCUUAUUUGUUUGACCCUAGUACUAAAAUAGAUCCAACUUUUUAAGACAUUGGUCUUUUCCGUAUUUCUGUGUGUGAGUCCUCUACAGCCCUUUCAAAUAAUCCGAUCUGACCACUGCACCAGAAGCAAGAAUACUGAUGUUAGGCACGCAGCUCUUUUCAGCCGUGGAGCUAAAAUUCUGAUGCAUUUGAAAACGACUGCAGUAAAAUUUAUUGUCAGUUACUCUUCAGACUCCUUUUAAUCCUCCUGCAGAUCAUCCGCAGCUGGUGUUUGAACAGUUAAAAAAUGCUUGAGCAGCACAGCUGAAAUCAUUUGGAGAUUAAUAUCUAUCACUGUGUUGUAAACUUCAUUACCUGGCUUUCAUACCAAUUACCCAGCUGGAUUAAAUACUCAAUUCUGACAAGUAAAAAGUCAUUAUUUACUCUACAAGUGACAGUAAGAAGAACCUGAAAACAAAUGUGACAUAAUGGAUCAGUAAGUGCGAAAGAGUCCAGCACAAUUCACCUCUGCUUGUUGACAUUGUGGCUAAAUGCUUUUUAACCCAAUGACAUCAAAUUAGUUGCAGCACAGCUGUAAAGGCAAUUUUGCGAACUACUGAAUCCCAAAGUAGAGCAAGAACCCGUCCUGACCCUGUUUUGGGAAACACGUCUUGCAUAUCCUGCUCAGGCUCUAAUUUGCAUAACCACUUUUUUCACAUAAAAUCACAAUAAAUGAUAAAUUUUCACUGUCAGAAAGAGUCAGAAUAAUGAGGUCUCUCUUCCAACACUACUCAGGCAUAGAGGACAAGAUCAGCAAAGACUGUUCUGUCCACAGGGGGCGCCAAACUGACACAAAUUAAAGGCUUUUAGAUAGAUAAAAUCAUUCACUGGCUAGUUUUAAACUCAUAAUGAAGUUUAAGAGAAUUUCUUAUCAGAUUAUUAUUUCCCAGAUGAGGGUUAGGGUUAGGGUAAUUAGGGUUGGGGUUAGGGUUAGGGUUAGGGUAAUUAUGGUUAGGGUUAGGGUAAUUAUGGUUGGGGUUAGGGUUAUUAGGGUUAGGAUUAGGGUUAGUGUUAUUAGGGUUAGGGUUUGAUUAUUAUUUACCAGAUGAGGGUUAGGGUUAUUAGCAUUAGGGUGAGAUUAUUAUUUACAAGAUAAGGGUUAGGGUUAGGGUUCCGGUUAGAUUCUUAUUUCCCAGAUUAGGGUUAGGGUUAGGGUUAUUAGGGUUAGGGUUAGAUUAUUAUUUCCUAGAUGAGGGUUAGGGUUCGGGUUCCGGUUAGAUUAUUAUUUCCCAGAUAAGGAUUAGGGUUAGGGUUAUAAGGGUUAGGGUUAGAUUAUUAUUUCCCAGAUGAUAAAACAUGAAUGCAGAGGCAUGGUAGGCAUUUUGUAUUUUCUGUGGUGUCUUUUAAAACUGCACAAAAUAUUAAUUUAAGUCUAAAUCUAAAAGUUCUUCAGAUGGCCAGUCAAGAGCCAGUAAGAUUUUGCUUCAGCACCUUGACUAGGGUUAGGGCUUUAUUCCAUAUAUAAGUGGAACCAUGUUGGCCCAAAUGUAGUACAACCUUUGAUUAUGAGAUGACUUGCCUUUUCUUAACUUGUUUUCUGUUUUUUUUUCUUACCAAAACACAAAGUUUGAAAACUAAAUUUCUAUUAUAAAAGGAAAGUUAUUGAACUGGUAACAACCAAAACAAUCCCACUAAAUGUCUUUUUUAAGAUUAAACUGUCAAAGGAAUGAUCAUGUCCGUAAAUGAAGCACCCUUGGUAUUCGUGUUUUGACGCCACUAUGAUUAAGAUAGCCUGCAGUCUUGCAGGAUGGAUGAUGGGUUUGCUGACAGCUUGAUCAGUUUUCAUAAACAUACUCACGUGAAUUUUUUAAGACAAUCUUUUUUAGCUUGCUGUCUUAAAAAAUUACAGACCGUGAAACAAAGUUUCUUCACCAUUUGACAGUUUUUUAGUUGCUCGGCUGCACUGAUAACCAAAUCCACUUUAGUUUUCAUAAACAGGUUUUUCAUAAACUUGUCCCAGUUUGAGAUAUUUUGUUGCUGUGUUUUCUCAUCUCUUGUCUCUCUGGCAUUUCAGCGGUGAGUCACAGCUGGCCUCGGCCAUGACAUGAGAGGUGCACUCACUUUACAGAUGAGUGGCAUCAUCUCUGUUGUGACAAAUAUUGAUAUUAGAUUACUCAACCUUGAUUACAAGACAAUCCCACUUGUUCCAGAUGUGAUCUAACACAAAUAUAAAGGUCUAUACAGUAUAUACUGAGAAUAAAAGUUAUUUUUAUAUUUAUUUUAGCUGCUGGGAAGAGGAUGGGAAAAACCAGCAACACCCACUGUUUUACACUUUUGAAUUUAGUUGUAAUCAGAGGAUCGAUUAAUAAACAAUUUCUUUAGCUUUUAGGUGCUUUUGAGUUGACAAAUGUUAUUUCGCAUUAGGAUGUAAGACAGAAAAACUGAACUUCCUUACAUCCAUUUUGGCUUAUAUGAUCAGCUGAUUGUCACAAAGUUGUUUUGGAUCCAUGAAUAGGUCAAUAAUUUGCAGCUCUAUUUAAAAUUAUGAUUAUAUAACAUAUAACACAUGAUUAAACUUCAGUCCAGUCAAGUGUAAACACUUUAAAUCAGUUUGUUUUCUGCGCCAAAGAAAAGGCACGUAAGGUACCAUGGUUACUGACAAAUAAAAAUGUCUUUUUCCAGCCGUGUUGAACCGUGUGUUAUUGUUUUUAUUCUGCUUCAAAUGCUAAUUAGAGUAUGUUGAAACACAGACUAAUUUAGUGUCACAGUUUGACUUCCAUAAUGAUUGAAUUAUGCCUACCGGCCCUGAAGUAAUGCGAUGCUGUUAACUGCAGCAGGUUUUCUCUUAAGAUUAUGUCCACAGUCGCACUAAAGCCUCUAAGAAGCUGCUCUUUCUGCAUUAGAGAGACCUCAAAAAACUAAAAAUAUUCAAAUGCAGCAAAGCGACACAUGCAAAUGUUUCCAUGACACAUUCCACAAACCCACAGCUCAUUGUCAAACAUUACUUCAAAUCACUUUGCCUGCAAAAUGCAUGAUACCCGGCUCCUCUCUCUCUCUCUCUCUCUGCUCUUUCUCUGUACAACCUCCUUGAUCUUGUGUCACGCUGACGGGUGUAAUUGUCAGAUGGCCCUCGCUGCAUAGCUCUCAUGUGUGGAGAGGCUGAGCGCGGUAGGUGGGAGAGGCCAGCGGUUGAGGUGGGUCGAGGUUGCCGGUCCAGUCCUCUCAUCCUUUGGGCAUCAGCCGCGAGUUUGGUGAUAAUUGCAUGGUGGAGUCGGUGUUCAUAUUCAUGAUAGCCCUGAAGCAGACCUCUCCUCCUGCGACUGGAUGUCUUUUUUCACACAUCUCCUCAUCUUUAUCAUUUUACAUUCAAUGAGCUACAGGGGCUUCGUUCACAGAGUGCGUGGAAAGGACAAUUAUUCUUGUUUACAGCAAACUUGUGUGAUAGUUUACAGUUGUUUUACUGCAUGGAAUAAAACAUGUAGAAUUUAUGAAUCUGAAUGGCUUCGAUUCAGUGAGAGAUGAUGCACGAAUCAUUGAGCUUAGUACAUUUAAACGUUAUGAGCAGUCCAGGGGUUGUAAAGCAUGCUAUACAACUUGAGGGAGGUGUCGCAUGUUAAAGAGAAGAGCAGCCUGCAGAGAACAUUUCUUAUCUAAUAAAAUUCUUGUAAAAUUCAAUGAAAUUCCCACUUUGUCUGCCAGCAGUUCAUUCUGUGUGUGCUGGGGGGAAAAAAUCUGUCACUCCAACCAGAGAAUGAGCCCAUCCAACCCCAUUUUUAUGGCUGAAUUUUCUAUUAAUUUGUGUUAUUUUAUAUUUUAUUUUUACACCAUGCAGCUCAAAUAUUUUCUCGUAAUUAUGAUGAAGAUUCUUUUAAAAGUCACCCUCUCCCCGUGGUGUGUAUUUUCUCCAAAUAUUAAAGGAUGAUUCUCUGCAGCAGCAGGUACACACAGUUCAGCACUGUUUCAUAUCAAGUGCUGGAGGAGAUUUAGGCUUACAGCUACUGGUAGAGCAUUAAUCCCUUUUUCACCCAAGCUAAAAUUAGUACAAUCAGUAGUGCACGCAUUUCCUUUGCAUUUGGGGGAAAAAAGGGAGUAUAGUUUGCUUUGCAGGAUAGAUGAAAAACAUCAACUAUAGCAGCUAAACCUUGAUCUGGUUGUUUGGUCCUCUGGCUUGCACAGUGCCUCAUGUCUGUAAAGACCUGGCUCUGUGAAUGGAAAACAAACAAGGUCACAAACAACGUGAUUCCAGCCAAUCAAUAGCACUGACUGUGCCCUCUGACCUCUGCCUCCUCCUCUACCUCUAUGUCUCACAAUGGACAUAUAAAAAGAUGGAUGUCAUGUCAGCUAAAGACCUGGAGCUCUCCCUUUUGGCUGGCUGCUGUAAUAGUCAUAAGGCUCAUCGAAGGCAAAUCGAAGAGUCAAAGCAAAUGUUUCUCACGUGUUGUUUUUGAUAUUAUAGUUAGCUUUCAUCAUGCUGAUUUAAUUAAUGAAAAAUCUAGUUACUCGAAGCUCAAUACUGGGUUUAACCAUAGACUGUAUAUAGAAUGGACGCCGUCUGCCUCCUCACUGGGUGAAGCCACUCCGAGAACAGCACCCUACAGUAUAGGUCAUAAAUCCCGCCUCCUCCAGCAAAGUUUAUGGGGAUGUGGACAAACUUUAGAAAUUAAUUACACAGAAUAAUUUUAAUAAUCCCCCCCCGGUUGCGAUGUUGACAUGUAGUUAUUGUAAGACUGGUUUGUGCUCAAGUCCUCUUUUUUCUGUGCAGCUCCAUUUUUAAAAGUUAUUAGGGGGUUCAUGUUUUCUAUGAUUAACACUUGAUACAGCCUAUGGGAGUACAAAGAUUGCAAAGCUCACCUGGGGGAAACAUUGUCUGAGCCAAGCAUCAUUACACCCACAGAAUGCGUACAACGCUACUGCGCAACGUUGGUUUCAAGAAAUGGAGAAAAAUCACAAAAAAUACAGAGAGCUAUUUGGCUUCAAAUCUGUAUAUUGGCGGAAGGCGGAACCAAGUUGAAGAUAGUAUAUACAGUCUAUGGUUAUAACAUGAAGACUGAAUCAUCUGUUGGCAUCUAUUUUGGUAGAAACACCAACAAACAAGUCAUUUCCGUAACCGAAACUGUUGGCUUCAAACUGAUCAAAAACUCAAUCAGAAAGUAAUCUCUCUUUUCCGUGAAUCUGUUUACUAAGAUGUUAGCUUGGAAAUGUAUGAGUUAGGAUCUUGUAACUGUCAUGAUGUGUUCUGUAAAUGUACUUUUUUCCUGGUUUUGUUUAUCGAGUGCAGACAUUGAUUUUCCCUAGUGUUCCUGUUCCCCUGCAGUCCAGUUUUGUGAGUUUUCAGUUUGUGUUUUACCCCAUUUUCCUUCAGUUAGGUUAGUUUUCAGUGUUUCCUGUUUCAUUUUGUUGUAGUUGAUUCCUUGUGUUUCUAGUCUGGUUUUACUCCCCUAGUUUUCCCUCCUUUGUUCAUCAGUUAACGACUUUCACCUGUGUCUCGUUAGCCUCACCUGUUGCUCGUUACCCUGCGCUCCAAGGCACUGAAAAUGUUUCUACCAAGUUUUAGUCCAUUUGUAGUGCAAUAUGGAUCCUUGCGUCCGACCAUUCAUAUUUUUAUGAGUGGAAAUGAGGUAUCAGGCAGCAGAUGCUCUUAAUCCUGUCAUGUUGCUUAUUAUUCGAAAGUUAAAGUAGCUCCCUGACAUAAAUUUAGUCGGGUAGAGCUUUUAAAUGAGUGUAAUAGAGAGAGGUUUGUUUGUGUGACUGCUGAUGUACAAUUUUUGUAAUCUCCCUUAAGAAUUUAAUACCCCACAUUUAACAAGAGAGGACAGAAUAAAAAUAAAAACACACUGCUGCACUUUAUUGUCUCUGUUUGGACUUGGCUCCAGUUUGCUUUUCGUGACAUGCUGGAUGAUAUAAAAGCAUGUGAGAAGUUUAGAGGGGGAAAGUGUCUCUUUGCUGGAACUUCAACAGCUCACAGACAUCAGAAACAUGACAAUAAGCCUCAGGCUGACACUGUGUGAAAGGGUUUUAAGAGUCAAUAGUUUAAUCUUUAACAAAGCUUUUUAGAAGGCUCAUCACGUUUAUUCUUAUGUUGGAAAAUAACUGGGAACUACAGCUGUCUAAAUAAUUCAGCAAACAUCUGAAUUAGCAAUUACUAUUACUCUUUUUUGGCAUUAAUGGUACUUUCUUUAACGUCCAAAACUCUGACAUAUGCAGCCUUUCUGUUUGCAGAAAACAAACAUAAAAAGCAUAAAGUCUUUGCAGUGAUGCAGCUGGCACCAAAACUACUUAUGAUUAAUAAGACAUCAGAGUAAGUGUCUAUUAGCUUUAGGCUAGCCAACCUAUCUAUGUAAGAGCAUUUACAACUCCUACUUGGAUUUCUAUCCAAAAUGUGAAAAAUUAAGAACAUUUUAAUUAGUUUUGGGCAGCUCUUUUACUCAACGGAGACAUAAAAACAAGAAAUUAAUUAAUAAAGAGAGCUAAAUUUGGAGUAGGAUCUAAAAAUAACAGAAAGCUAAUAAAGUGAUGUGUGUUUAUAAUGAAGAACUCAAAGUAAAAGGACAGUAUAUGAAAAUAGUACAGAACUAAAGCCAUCUGUAUGAAGGCUUUAGGUUGGCUUCAGCUCUGUUAUCAGCCCUUUAAUCCUUGACUUUCUUUUUUUGUUCUUCCUUUCAGAGGGGGGCACGUGUGAAGUGAUCGCUGCUCACAGAUGCUGCAAUAAGAACCGUAUUGAGGAGCGUUCACAGACAGUCAAGUGUUCUUGUCUGCCAGGGAAGGUGGCUGGGACCACCAGAAAUAGACCUUCAUGUGUUGACGGUGAGUAUUUAAAAAGAAAUUAAUAAAAACAAGGUUUUUCUCAAAGAAUGCAUGAGGAAAAAUAUUAGUUUUGAAUAAACUGUUUCCAUUUUCAUGAGAAAUUCUUCUUGAUAUGGUCUGUGUUACACAAAAAGAGAAACACCUCCCAGACAAAACUGCAACGUUUGUAAAAAAAAAAAAAUACUGAGGUUUGUACAAAUAAAAGCCUGUCGCAGAUAAGAUUACCAUUACUGGGGAAAGUGUCACUACCAAAUUUGGUUCCUGCCAGUCAGCUGAAUGUAUCUUCAGGGGUAAGUUUUCCCCCGACCCCACACAGUCAAACAUACCUCAGGCAAGGUGGAAGAAAAAGAAUAACAAAGCACAAGGAUGUGGAGGAAAAUGGCUGUUGAUUACAUAGGAACCUUCAAGGUAUUUCAUGGUGUUUUUUGUGGGCUUUGACAAAUGUCUGCUACCCGAGCUCAAUCCCUUGUAAGAAAUGGAUUUGGCACCAGGUUCUGACACAACCAAAGCACAUAUUGGCUUUAGCAAAACCUCUCACCUGCAGCUUUUAUCUUAAAUCCUUUUGCAAAUAUUACUGCAAUCUCUGAGCAGACUGGGGGAAUUUGAGGUCUUUCGAUGUCAGCUCUGACAGAUUCUUUUCCUCCGUCACACAUUACAAACCAUUUACUGUCUACUUACCCUGUAUUUAAGGCAAUUUUCUUUUCUGACGGCGGAAAUGUGGCGUGCAUUAAAGUCAAGUCACAGUCACACCUACCCAUCCACUCACUCAUUGAAAAGCCUCAGUUCAACCCUCCGUAUUCAUCUGUGACUGCAUGUUAUAAAGAACCCUCAGCGGUCUUGUUUGAGCUACACAUGUGACACGCCGAGGUUCACGCCACCUUUGACACGUACAUUUAAUUAUCAGGAUUAGACACUCUUUUCCAGUUUUACUUAUUCACAUGACAGCUAUUCUUCUGCAGUGACAAACUUGGGGUUUGAGGCUAAAUACUGUUAUUAUGUUGAGCUGCAGUAUUCCAGGUUUUAAGCGAGUGUCUAACAGUCAUCGCCAUUUUACUGAAAUAAAUAAGUAAAUGAAAGACCACCAAUCGUGAAAGUGACAUAUGCUUAAGUACAACAUAACGCAUAUUUAAAACAAUUAGAAUUAGCAGAAUUACCACAAUUCCUAUUAUUAUUAAAUUAUGGCACAUAGCACAAGAGGCCAGCUAAUGUCUAAAUGCUAUCAUUAGAAGUGUCUCGAACUGAGGGAUGCGUAAUCAUUUCAGAGGCUUCUGCAGAUACAUCCUUAUGUAUCUACCAAGGUUGCAUUGGUAGCAUCCUUUUGAUCUCAUCUAUCUAGUGAUUAAAUAGGCGCUAAUUCGAGCAAAAUGGUGGACCUUAAAGCGGCUGAAGGAUAUGCUUUUUACCGUCAUGUAGAUGUCAAUGGGCCGGGAGUGAGUCUAGUCUUGCAAUAUGGGGCUCAGUCUUAUCCCAUCUUGACAAUGACUCUUUGUAAAUUGAGUAUGGUCUAGACCAGCUCUUGCAACAUGUUGUCUUUGUUGCUGCAAAUCAAUAGAAAGACGAUCACAGAUGAUCAGAUAUCCAAGAUUUAGUUGUUUUAUGCUGCAUGCAAGUUACCUCAGAAGUCAGAUGUCCGAGCUGGGAAUGACGUCACACCCGAGUUACCAGUUGCCAAGUUGGAAAAAAGUAAAAUCGGAGACGGAAACGAGAUGGCUACAUCUACGAAAGGGGGUGCUAAAAUAACUUUCGUAGGUGUAGCCAUCUUGUUUCCGUUUAUAAUUUUGCUUUUUUCCGACUUGGUAACUGAAACGCUUGGAACUCAGGUGUGAUGUCAUUCCCAGCUUGGACAUCUGACUUCCGUGGUAACUCAAAUGCAGCAUUAUAGCCUCGAGAACAGCAGUAUUUUCACAUUACAGCACCCUGAGCAUGACAUCAGAUAGAAAUGGCCGUUUGUUUCGCCUGUCCUGUGAUCAUAUGAUCAAUGAUCACCUCUGUCCAAACUGCCAGGUCUCGGGAUGUGGUUUUACACUCUGUUGGAGUGGGAGUUACCCGAAUCACUAUUUCUCUUCUGUUUUAUUGCCGGUAGCAUCCAUAGUAAUUGGGAAGUGGUGGUGUGAGAUGGAGCCUUGCCUGGAGGGAGAGGAAUGCAAGACGUUACCUGACAACUCAGGCUGGAUGUGCUACGCGGGCAACAAGAUCAAAACCACAAGGGUGAGAUAACCUCUCUUGACCGCAGGAAACAAGUCAUUAUGGCAGAGCAGUGGGAGGGAAAUAUACAGCGCUGCCACAUCAACAGAGAAGCGUAGUUAUUGAAAUUGUCUUUUGCUGCAAAUUGACUUGUAACCAACGCAAUCAAACUCUUUAAUUUCCUUCUUCUUUUUUCUCAGAACACUCAGCCAUACACGACAUCGACAUAUUAACACUUAGAGGAAAAGAUGCAAGGGAACGUCUCCGCUGCGGAGGUUAAUCAGCAGGUUGGCAACUUCAUUUAUUCCUCUGAUUUCAGUGUGCUAAUUAAUUUCUUUAAAGUGGUAAAACUGCUUAGCAAUGUAAAAGAGCAAAAAAAAAAAAAAAACCACAUCUGGUGUUAAUUUCUGUGAUUUUUACAUCAUCCCCAGUACUCUUUUUCUUCUUGUUUCAGCACUGUCACAGGACCAAUUGUCACAAAGACAAUGAACCUAUUGUUGCUUUAAGAAACGUGAACACUUCUAAGAUUAAAGUGUAAAAAGAUGUAGAGUACAUAAAGCACAUCCCUGCCCGAGGCUACUGAAAAUACUGACGCUCCAAGCUGCCUACGGGGGGAACUUCAUCAUAACCUUGUAAUGAAUAUGUUUUCAUCAUUUCCUCCCAACUUUGAGAUGGAAACGAGACUGUCUGUGCAUUUGGAUUAUUAUCUGGAGAGCGUCUGACGUGUCUUCUUCAGACAUCAAGAGGACAGACAUGCUCGACAAAGCAGCAAACAGGAGAGGAAUACAUCAAAAGACACAAGAUGAGCGAGUACAGUAGUUGACAGCCCUCAGGAUUUUCUUUUUUUAAUAUUGUCAGAGGAAAAAUACUGUAAAUAAAUUGUUUGUCUUUCUUGUGUACAUGAGCUUUAUUUGAGGUGGUGAAGAAAAACGAUCAUUUGAGUCCCUGAAUGCAGUCUCGAUCUUCCCUCUGCUUCUUACCCACAUAAACCAAACACAGCCAAAGUUCAAACAUGCAAUGAUCAGAUGAUACAUUGUGAGGGAGUUUGUUUUUCUUUUUCAAUACAGCUUGUGAGUCUUGAUACUGUACACUUUUCCAUUAGUUUGUAUGGUACUUGUUUGCCUCUGAUCACCUCUGAAAUGGCUUUACCAGUCCAACUCGGUAACCCGUCAACUCCCCUGAAAAACUGAUCGAUUCACCAAAAAUGUGAUACCAGUAGGUUGUUAAUGGAUACUUGAAAUGCCUUAUUUGUGUCAAAUCAUGCAAAUGAUGAAAUUGUACAUAUGAAGCCAUCUAUUGACAUGUGCUGAUACUUCAUUAAAGUCACUGUUCCUGUAAGUGAUGUGUGUGCUUUCUGCUUUCACAGAUAUCCUCAGAUCCAUAAGACUAUAAGGCCUUUAUUGAUAUAUAUUUUUAAGCAAAGUUAGUACCAGUAAGCA